CUCUCUCUCCGUCUGGCGCAUCCAUACACACCACCCACAGCUCAACACAAGCUUCUCCCUCCGUCCCCAACUUCACUCACUGCUGCACAGGCAGGUGGCAGCCACACCUGCCCCCAAAGCGACACCCCUCCCCCACCGGCCGCCCAGCCGGCCGCACACGCAUCGCCCUCGCCAUGGCCUCCCUCUCUCUCUCCCUCUGAAUGUCCCUCUCUCUCUCAGCAAUGAGCGCGUCAAUGGCGCAUUCUCUCCUCUGUGGCGGGGGCAGGUGCAGCACACGGGAUCCAGGUGAGCUGGCAGGUGCCUGUGGGGCUGAAGGUGGGGGUGGGGGCGUGUCCACACGGGCGAUACCCUCCACACGCACCGUUGUUGUUGCUGCUGCUGCUGCUGCUGGCGCGGGCGUGAGGAGGAACCUGCCAUGGCCGUCUGGUGUGAGGCGCAGCUCUAUGUGGUGGGGGAGGAGAUAUGGAUGCUGGGGCGGGGGAGGGAGCUGAUCGAUGGCGUCGCUAUGUGUGGUGGUGGACUGUGUGGCGCACAGUGAGGGCACGGCGGUGGUCUGCGUGGACCAAGUAGGUGGUGCUGGUGGCGGCACUUCCCUGAUUAUCUUGUUCAGCUUGUCGGCCGUAGUUGUGUCCCACAAGGGUGUGACAGGGGGGCUGGUGAGGCCGCUCAUGUGAUAUGCAAAAACCUUUUGUCCAGCUGGCGGCUCCUUGCCUUUGCACUGCACAGCCGCGUGGCUCUUGCCCAUCAUUGAACGCGGGAAUCCCCCGUCAGACGAGGAAUCGCCGCUGUUGCUGCUGCCGUCCUUAUCCCAGGAGUCAGACGUGUCUCGUGGCCGUCUAUCAGCAACAGCCGAGUGCCGUCCUCUCCUUCUCCUCCUUGAUGGAAGGUUCAUGUAGAUGAUCUGGGGGGAGGGGGAGGGAGACGAAGAGGGGGAGGGGAAGGCAUCAGCAACGGCGUGGUGGCCCGGCGACUGCUGGCGGAGCAGCUCGUCGAUGUGGGCAUCCUGCGUGUGGGGAUACGGACACACAGAGACACACAGAGGAAGGGAAGUUUUUGUGUCCCGCUCUGUCUGUGUUGGUUCCUGCAUUUCUGCCCACCCCACCUUUGCAGCCACAACGUGAGUGAGCUCCUUGACCAUCCUCUGCAGAGCAGCCACCCUCUCACCAUCCCGUGGGGACUGCUCCCGCACGCCCCGACUGUCCUCAUCCGCCGUGUAACACACCUGCAUCCACCCAUCCAUCCAUCCACCCACCCACCCGUCCCUGCACAAGUAUCGUUGCUGCUGCAUGUAUUCCCAUACCUUCUUUGCCCCUCCGCCCCCCUGCACGUGGACAGGCACUGCAGGCACACAGGGAGACGCCAAGAUCUUGGACUGAAUCGUGGUCAUGGCCCUCCGGAGAGCCGCCACAUCCUCACUCUGAGUCUGUGUCUGUGGUCGGUCGUCUCCGCGUGCAGGAGCACCGUCACCCUGGCAGCUUCCGGUGUCCUCCCUCCUACAUUCACACAGACCCAGAAGUGACCACUUGGAAGGUGAGACAGAAAGGGCCCGGUCUGUGGGUCUUACGGUGGUGUAGAGAGGGAGGGUACUCCGUCGAGUCUUGACUGCAGACGGCUGAGAACGUCCUGCAGGCUGUCCAGCGUCUGCUGCUUCAGGGUCUCUAUCUUCUGCAUGUCAGCCUGGAACACACUCGCCUCGUCAUCCUCCAUCCGGCCGCCACUCUCCUUCUGCAAAGGUACUUCCAGCUGUGAGAGGCUCCUCGACAGCUUCCCCACUAGCCCUUCCAAUGUCCUCCACUUGCCGCCGUCCAAUCGGCUCAUCUGCCUUUCUCUUGGGGGCUGCGGGGGGGCUCAGCGCGCUUCAAGACAAACGAACUUCUGGUCUUUCC